UGGUCUGGCUUUGCCUAGGUUUUUCUUCCGAGUGAUCCAGGUUUUCACGCUCUUCCAUCGUUCGAUGAAUUCCGUGUUCUUGGAACUUUUUCAACGGAUCGCAAAGUUUUUUCAGGACGAGGAUGCACACUUCGGGACACUCCAUUUCCGCGACGAAUGUCGCCCUUCCCCCGGGUCUGACGGUGCAUCACGGGCAAGUACCGCCGCCGUUGACAUCCGCCGGCGACUUGAAUGGAGACAAACCGAUUAAGCAGAAGCGACACCGCACUAGGUUCACCCCGGCACAGCUGAGUGAACUGGAGCGCUGCUUCUCCAAGACCCACUAUCCCGACAUCUUCAUGAGGGAGGAGAUCGCCCUCCGCAUCGGACUGACCGAAUCCCGUGUUCAGGUGUGGUUCCAGAACCGUCGGGCCAAGUGGAAGAAGCGGAAAAAGACGACGAACGUGUUCCGAACGCCGGGCUCCUUGCUGCCCUCGCAUCCCGGGUUGGGGCAUUUCGGGAGCGGGCCGAUGGCAGGUAUGGCGAUGGGCAAGUCGGGCAUGGGCGCGGAGUCAUUUUGCUCCUCGACGCCCAACAUGUUCUCUCCUCCGGCCGCGGCUUCGGAUCCCGGACGAUGGUCGAUGUCCGCCAUGUCCUCAGGAAUGACGAACACGGGCUUUGGAUUUUCGUCAUCGUUGUCUCCGAGGACCCAAAAUUUGGGUCAAUUCGGGGGACCGGGAGUAAGCACGCUGAACAGUACUGGCUUGGGUCAGAUGAGCUCAACCCCGUCUCCCUUGUCCCCCGCUCACUUGACCUCGAAUUUGAACACCAUCUCUAGCUCUAUGAAUGCCGCGAACAAUCAUCAGAUCAACUACCAGCCCGCGUACAAUCUCAACGCUCUGGGCACGAUGAACUGCUCUAGUCUGCAAGAGAUAAGCUGUCCUUCGUCGCGAAGCCGCUCGUCGCCGACAGACGGAGAAAUCUCGCCCGACAGACAUUUGGCUUGUGACGGCCUCUCGACGCCUCGGCUUUCCGACAACUAUCUGGCCUCCGACACCAACGAAGCCUGGCGAGAUCACUUGGCCGGCCACUUCGCCGGUUUGCGGCGUAAAGUCUACGAGCACACUGCGACGAACAUCACUCGAUGAAAAGCGAAUUGUCCCACGACUCAUUGUCAACAGCUCAACGUCAAGAGAAAUGUGCGCUGGGUGUGUGCAGAAGAGGAAGUGCGGUGCGAAGAAGAGAAAGAAAGGAAGAAAAACUUUAUGUCGAGGCAGUUUUUUUGUUCUUUUUGUAAGCCAUUCCGUGUCGAGCUAUAUGAAUCUGUGACGUUUGGGACACCGGGAAGCGCACUUGCUGGCGGCUGCGGUCAUUUCGCUGCUGUUCACGCGUUACUCUGUAAGAAGAAACUCUGAUUUUCUUGUGAGUGUCCUCCUUCCUCGCAGUAUAAAAAUGAAUAGAAAGUUACCCCGAUCGUACGUAUAGCUCCUCGAAGGCAUGACUGAAUUCGUUUCUAUUCUCAUUAAUUGCUGCAUUUGUUGGUGUUCCGUGUCCAGGGCGAUUUCGCCUUUUUUUUUCCUUCGCGCGGAUGGUAUUCCAGGGUCUUCUAAGUGCAUCCACAUUGAAUAUGGGAAAAUUUAACGUUGUAUCAGACGAGGCACCUGCUGGGCAACUUUCGUCGUUUUCCGUCGAAUGGAACCGCUUUCGACUGAAUCAUUCGACCCCGCCGACGGGGAUGUUGCCGGUGUAGGCGAUUUUGUUUUUGCUUUUUUUCGUGAAAUGCAUUCCUGAAAGGAGAAAUUUGCCGAUAGGAAUGAAAAAUACAUUCUCUCGGUUUUCUUGUCCUCAUUUAGAAAA